AUGAAAGUUAAUGGUGAUACUAUAGAAGAUUCACCCAUUGUAGAGAAGAUAUUAAGAAGUUUGCCUGAGAAGUUUGAAUCAAAGGUUACAGCUAUAGAGGAAUGCAACACAGUUGCAACUAUGACUCUUGAUGAGUUGUUGGGUUCAUUACAAGCCUAUGAAAAAAGAUUACUAGAGAAGACAGUUGUUGUAAAACAAUUUGAAGAGGCACUUCAGAGUCAAUGUACAAAACCUAGAAAUACAACAGCUAAUAACUACAAGCAAAACUUCAAAGCUAAUAUUGCAGAAAGUCAAGAAGAAGAAAAGAAGACUGAAAAUAUGUUGUUGGCUUGUCAUACACCUGAAGAACAACCUCAACAUAAGUGGUAUUUGGAUACAGGUUGCAGUAAUCAUAUGAGUGGAAGAAGAGAGUUGUUUGACAACCUAGAUGAAUCAGUACGGUCAACUGUGAAGUUUACAUCAAAAUCUUUUGAGCAUGGGUCAAUUAUUAGAAAGAGGUUAUCUAUGAACAUCUUCAAUGGUGUUUGUACAAUUCGUGAUCGUUUUAGAAGACUUAUUAGAAGAGUACAGAUGACUAAGAAUAUAUUAUUUCCUUUGAACAUUCAGUAUCAAAAGGAAAGGUCUUAUAAUAGUUAUGUUCAUAACGAUUCUUGGUUAUGGCACAAGAGAAUGGGGCAUGUGAACUUCAACAGUUUACAAACUUUAGCAAAAAAGGAGAUGGUGUCUAGGUUACCUUUCAUUGAGAUUCCUGAAUCAAGAUGUGAGAAUUAUAUCUUUGAUAAGCAACACAGAGACCCAUUCCCGGUAAAUAAAGCUAGAAGAGCAGAACAACAGCUGAAGAUUGUUCAUAGUGACUUAUCUGGACCUAUUGAAGUAACUUCACAUGGAGGAAAUAGUUCUGAGAUGAUUAAGGAAUUCAGGGAGGAUAUGGUGAAAGAGUUUGAAAUGACAGAUCUUAGUUUAAUAUAUCUAACGGCUACAAGACCUGACAUUAUGUAUGCAGUUACAUUGGUUAGUACAUUCAUGGAAUCACCUAGACAAUCACAUUUGCAAGCUGCAAAACGUAUUCUGAGAUAUGUUAAAGAAAUAACUACUUUAGGAAUCUUUUAUACUAUUUCAAAAAAUCCAAAGUUGGUUGGUUUUACUGAUAGUGAUUGGGCUGGAGAUACAGAAGGAAGAAAGAGUACAUCAGGUUAUGGAUUUCAGUUGGGAACUGGUUUUUACUCUUAG